AUGGAGGGUCUACUUAAGCUGGAAAAAUUGCAGAAGAUGAUGGAGCUCAUGGAAUCUCACGGGCUCAUCAGCUCUUCGGACGACGAUGAUCCCAACUCCCACCUUUUCCUUGCGGAUUUCACCCUUUUCCUGGUUCAGUCCUGCAAUAAGAUUGAUAUGGAAACAAAGGGUCAGUUGAUUUCUUCACACUUACAGAAGAUUUCAAUGUCUUUCUUUGAGGAAGCACAGAAAUGGGUUACAGAAGAAGGUGGUAAGAAAAUUGGAAAUACUUUAUCACUUCGUCGUGGUGAUAAUCUAGAUAUCGAUUCAAGGAAAAGAACCUCCCAAGAAGCUUCUACGGUUGGACUGGAUGCUAUGCAAAGAGCAAAUUCUACCCUAGAAGAUUUUUGCAGGUCAUACUUUAUGUUUCAUGAGAUGGAUGUUCAUCAACCGAAAGAAAUAUUCAAAUACUUACCAAUACUUUCUUUUACAGAGAGUUAUAUUUAUCAGUUAGAUACCUUAAAUGAGAAGCUACUACAGUCACCAGCUUAUGGAGGUCAGCUUGAGAGAGAAUCUGCUAUGGAUUGUAAAAAAGAGCAAAGACGGGAAGUUAGUUCCUUGGUGCUCUUAAAACCUGAUCCAUUCAGACCACUUGUUACACUUCUUGAGCAGGAGGGACUUCUUACUGAACGGAUUAUGGAAGAGCUCAGAUCUGGAGAAGAGUAUUGGGCACUUGAAAGAAAAUUAUGUUCUCCGCCCUUAAGUUCUCCUGAGAUUACAAUUGGGGAUGUGAUGCGGGCAGUUCGUAUGAAAUCCUUCGACUAUCGUGUUCUUAACCUUCUGUUAUAUCAACUGCGGAAAGAAGAGCUGUUUAUGUUUGACUAUGAGGAUGAUGUGUUGGAAAACAAUUUUAAUGUGCUACGUAUGUUUGUUAGAAUAUAUGGAGCUUCCAAGGCACCAAUGAUGCUGGCAAAAUGUAUCGCUGAAGCUGAGGAGAAGUAUGAAAACUUGCUGAAAUCUUUGGACGCCGAGUUGUCCAUGACUUAUCAAAAGAGGUGUGAAGAAGCUACUAAAGAAGGGGGGAAGACAGUAGGGCCUUCUCUUGGCACAUGGAAUAUUCCAGCUAUAAUUCAAAACGAGGAUUCAUAUCGUUCCCAGAUUUUGAAGACUAAUUCAUCCUCCGUAGUUUAG